AUGUCUACCUCUAUUUCUUAUUCGUAUUUACUUAAAGAAAUUUCAGAUUGUGAACUUCCAAAAGAAGAAACUUUAAAUAUUUUGCCACAAAAUCAGCAAAUAGAUAUUUUAAAAUUUUUUUAUGAAAAACAACGAAAAUUACUUAAUAAGCUUCUUGAAAGCAAAAAAAAUGAACAAGACAUAACUGAUAUACCCAAUAUUCAACCACCAAAAAGAGAUAAAACUGAUUUUACACCACAUCUUGAAGCAAAUAAUAUUAAAGAAUCUAUUACAUGGUCGCAAUUAGGAUAUACUGCUAGAGAAAAUGAUAAUGAAGAACAUUUUGCUAUAUCAAAUUUUAGUAGUUUUGAAGCAUCUACUUCUAGCAAUAAUAUAAUUGUUUCUAGAGAUGAAGAUGAUGAACUUUUUGACUCUCCAAGUGAUACUGCAUGUACUACUACUUUUAGUAGUGAUGAAGAAAUCUCAAAAAAUAAUUUUUCGCAAUCUGAUAAAAUAAGCAAUCGAACACGACAAAAAUACAAUAUUAAUUCUGAAAAUUCUUUACCUAAACGGAUUACAAAAAAAGAUACUUUAUUACCUUCAUCAUUGGUUAAUGAAAACAGAAAAUUUUCAAAAACCAAUAUUAAUAGUAAAUUUAAUGAUAGAACUAGAUUAAGCAAAGUUAGAAUUUAA